GAACACCAGCCUUCUUUAUAAUACUCUUCUUUACACACUUUCCCUCUUCCCAGCCAACUAUUCCUUCCCCUUCUUCGAUCCCCUCUCUUCUCCGAUUCGAACCACCGCCCUCCGAUAUGGCGCUCUCUCACCUAUCCUCCACCAGAUCCAAUCGGCUCCUCCGCCCCCUCGCGGCCGCCGCAUCCUCCCUCUGCCGCCCAAUCUCCACCUCCACCGAGCCCCUCGUAAUCGAGACAUCCAUCCCCUUCACCCCGCACAAGUGCGAGCCGCCUUCCCGCUCCGUCGAGACCAACCCCCAGGAGCUCCUCACCUUCUUCCGCGACAUGGCCACCAUGCGCCGGAUGGAGAUCGCCGCCGACUCGCUCUACAAGGCCAAGCUCAUCCGAGGCUUCUGCCACUUGUACGAUGGCCAGGAAGCCGUCUGCGUCGGCAUGGAGGCGUCCAUCAAUAAGAAGGACUGCAUCAUCACCGCCUACAGGGAUCACUGCACUUUCUUGGGCCGCGGCGGGACUCUCCUCGAAAUAUUUUCCGAGCUCAUGGGUCGACAGGGUGGGUGCUCCAAGGGUAAAGGCGGCUCGAUGCAUUUUUACAAGAAGGAAUCUGGAUUCUAUGGUGGUCAUGGGAUUGUGGGAGCUCAGGUUCCCUUGGGUUGCGGCUUGGCCUUUGCGCAGAAGUAUAACAAGGAUGAGAAUGUGACGUUUGCUUUGUAUGGUGAUGGUGCUGCCAAUCAGGGCCAAUUGUUCGAGGCUCUUAACAUAUCUGCUCUUUGGGACCUGCCAAUUAUCUUGGUCUGCGAGAAUAACCAUUAUGGCAUGGGCACUGCUGAGUGGAGGGCAGCUAAGAGCCCUUCUUACUACAAGCGUGGUGAUUACGUUCCUGGAUUGAAGGUGGAUGGCAUGGAUGUACUUGCUGUUAAACAAGCAUGCAAAUUUGCAAAGGAGCACGUGUUAAAGAAUGGACCCAUUAUUCUUGAGAUGGAUACAUAUAGGUAUCACGGUCACUCCAUGUCUGACCCUGGUAGCACCUACCGUACCCGUGAUGAAAUCUCUGGCGUGAGACAGGAGCGUGAUCCAAUUGAAAGAGUUAGGAAGUUGGUACUGGGCCAUGAUCUAGCCACUGAGAAAGAGCUAAAGGAUAUUGAGAAGGAAAUUAGGAAAGAAGUAGAUGAAGCCAUUGCCAAAGCCAAGGAAAGCCCGAUGCCAGAGCCAUCUGAACUCUUCACAAAUGUAUAUGUCAAGGGUUUUGGAACAGAGUCGUUCGGAGCUGAUAGGAAAGAACUAAGAGCAACUCUUCCAUAAGAACAGGCUGCGGAAUCGUGGAUCACACAUAAUGAAGCAUAUGUCUUCUCCCCGAGAUUUUUUUCCGUUGUUCAAAUGAAUGGGUUGGUUACUGUAUAGGAUCACGCUGUGGAUCCUCCCCUCUUGGUUCCUGGAAUUGUUGGUCCUUUUUAGUUUUUGUGUAGUUUUUCCAUUUUUACUCCGUUACCUUUGGCUGUGCGAUUUGCGAACACACAGAAUGUAAGCAUUCCUUGUCUGAAUUCACAGGCAAUGUCUGGGUGAUUCUUUGAGGAGUAUUACGUACACCAGUAUUGAAGAAAACCAAUAAAACAAGCAAGGACACAA